CCCACGGUUUUCCGGCAAUGGAGGCAGGCCGAUGCAUAGCCUUGACGAUAAUCUUCUGCAUGACGUGCAAAUGUCUAUGCGAAUCGGUCAUCCAAAUGUCGCCGGAAAACCGUGGCUCCGAUCUGAUACCCGAGGGAUGGAGCUAUACGAGAGACGAUAACUUGUUCUGUGAUAGCUGGAAAUACACGGUGGAGACGAAUAGUGCCGGAAAAUGGAGUCAGAUACCUAAGAGGUGUGGCGAAUACGUGAAGGAUUACAUGACAAGCAUCCGGUACCAGUACGAUAUGGAAGCCGUCGCGGAAAAUGCAAUAACCUUCGUGAGAGAAGCUUAUUUUGCUGAAGAUGGUAGGGAUGCGUGGAUCUUCGACAUUGAUGAAACACUGAUAUCGAAUUUGCCUUACUACGCUGCCCAUGGCUUCGGGUUGGAGAAAUUCGACGAGAAGUCGUUUGAUGAGUGGGUGGAUUUGGCUGAAAGCCCCGCCAUAGCAGCGAGUAUGAAAUUGUACGACGAGCUUCAACAGUUAGGGUUCAAGAUAUUUUUGCUAACUGGCCGAACUGAACAUCAAAGGAAUGCAACAGAGAUAAAUCUACUCAAGGCCGGUUUCAGAAACUGGGACAAGCUCAUCUUGAGGGGAGUUUCAGAAGCGAAGAAACCCGCAAUGCUAUACAAAUCAGACAAAAGAAGGGAGAUAGAAGAAGCAGGUUAUAUCAUCCAUGGAAGCUCUGGAGAUCAAUGGAGUGAUUUAUUAGGUUCUUCAUUAGCUAUUAGAUCAUUCAAAUUACCAAACCCAAUAUAUCAUAUCCCAUGAUUGUAAUCAUUUUUUUUUACAAUUUAAAUUUAUUCUC